AAUACGUCACAUCCGCUUUGUUUUAGUGUCCUACAAGAAGAAAAAACAAGGUGUAUUGAAGCUAGUUUUGCGCUUUUACUCGAAAAACACGAUACGCUGUGUACGCAACAUCAGCUGAAAAGCAUUUCUGGUGAAAAUUUUACAGGUCGACGUUGAAGUUUCAUCAUUCUUGUGUGGAGAUGCAUGCCACCGACCAUGCACGGCGUGUCCUGUCCACCUUAAACCAGCAGAGAGCAGCAGGGAGCUUCUGUGACGCCUUGCUGAAAGUGACUGACGGGGUGGUCUACACUGCCCAUCGUAGUGUCCUGGCCUGCUUCAGUCAAGUCUUUCAGGGGAGCAACAUGGCUGCCGCCUCACCCAGUAUGGAGUUCUACCUCCAAGAGUGCUCCAGCGAGGGCCUUGAGCUGCUGCUGGACUUUGUCUACACCGGAGAACUCAAGCUGGAUCUGGGCGUCCUGGACAAGGUGCAGAGUGCAGCAUCCAGUUUGUGCAUCCCUGAAGCGCUCGCAAUCUGUCAGCGGUUCAGGGACAAACCAGUGGACGCUGUCCCUCUUGUCAAGCGAGGGCGAGGCAGACCGAGAAAGACAAAGGCUGAGGUCUUCGCCACCUCAGGUGAAGACACUAACAAACUGACAAUGACUAAAGAGCAGUCUGUCUUGGACGGGGUCCGAGACAAUAUGAAGGGCAUCGUCACCACCACCACCCGCUCGGGCCGUGUGGUCAAAGGGCCCAGACGAAUGAUCUUUGAAGAAGAUGCCACCUGUGAUGUCCCGGCCAUUGAGGAAUCUCCGCCUCCUUUUUCAAAGCGAGAAUGUGCUGAUGACAAGGAUCAGAAGACUGAGGAGCAAAUGCAGAGGAGCGCACUGCUGAGCCACAUGAAAGAUGAAGUGCCGGUUGAGGAUGAAAGCAAUCAUUUUGAAAUGACCGUCCAGGAUUCUGACGAAGAGUAUGUCCCUACCCACAAGUCCAGUUCCGCUGUGGCGUCUGCCCCUAGAGCUCGACAACACCGCGCUAGUUUGCGUGAGAGCGGUGAUGGCAAAACGGCAGAGGGAGAACCCGAGAACUCUGUAUGCUGUCCUGUCUGUCACAAAGUCUUCAAGAGCAAAUAUUAUCUCAAAGUGCACAACAGACGUCAUACAGGCGAGAAACCGUUUGGUUGCCACAAAUGUGGGAAGCACUACUUCAGAAAAGAAAAUCUUUUAAUCCAUGAGCUCAGGCACUGUGCUGCAACACAGACAUUCACGUGUCAGACGUGUUCAUCGUCAUUCAAAGGGAAAGAGGAGCUGCGUGCGCACGUCGUCUCCCAUGUGGAGCGGAUGCCCUACAAGUGUUCACCGUGUGCUGAACAAUUUAUGUUCAAGAAACACCUGAUGUGCCACAUGAUGAAGGUCCAUGGCUAUCCCAAACCACACGCUUGUCCACAGUGCCCCAAAACCUUCUGGACUCGCUACGAGCUGCGAGUGCACGAAGCCGCAAAACACCGCGGGGAAAAGCCGUUUGUGUGCGAGGAGUGUGGCCAUCGAGCGUCCAGUCGCAACGGCCUGCAGAUGCACAUCAAAGCUAUCCACAGAAAUGAGCGGCCCUUCCUCUGUAGCAUCUGCGGCCACGCCUUCUCCCAGAAAAACAACCUCAACAUGCACCUUCGCGUGCAUAGCGGCGAAAGACCCUACCAGUGUCACCUGUGCGGCAAAACCUUCCGCACGCAAGCUAGCCUCGAAAAACAUCACCGGACGCACACGGGCGAGCGGCCCUUCCCCUGCGACGUGUGUGAGCAGCGUUUCACCGAGAAGGGCGCCCUUCUUCGCCACAAGGCCAGCAAGCACGAGGAGGGACGCCCUCACUGCUGCCACAUAUGUAACAAGACCUUUAAAGCCAAAGAACAACUGCGGGUCCACCUGUGUCGCCAUAAGGGUAUGAGGAAGUUUGAGUGUGCCGACUGUGGCUACAAGUUCACCCGACAGGCACACCUGCGUCGACACGUUCAGAUCCACAAGAGGACUGAGAAUUACAACCCGCGACAGAGGAAACUGAGGAACGUGGUCGUGGAUGAGUAUGAUGGUGGUCCGGGUGAUUUUGAUACCACCAAACCAGCAGAGGCCUCGCCAGUUGUUAUGCAGGCGAUUGACUCCGCGCCCGCUGGCACGGAGUCCACUUCUGAAGUCACAGUGGCGCUCAAAUAGAGCGCUUUUUUUUUGUGCUGCAAACACAAUUUUGGACAUGAGAUGCUUGAAUAUGUGCCACUGACAUCUUGGAGGUGCCUCCUCAUCAAAGUGCGGACUACAGCUGCAUCAUGAUCAACGUUAUUAUAAAUACUGGAUGUCUAACAGCUUUUAUGGUCACAUUGGUAGGAUGAGUAGAAACCUGCUACGGUAGAAAUUGCACAUGCCAAUACAUUUUUGCUGGCCCAACCGUCCGUCAUGAUUUCAAGCUAAACCAAAACCGUAAUUGUCAGUUGUCACUCCGUCAGUUAUUUUAACUAUGCUUCAGUCAUGGCUAAAUUAUACUCUGUUACCGCUAUUUAGUCCACCGGUUUUAGAUUUCCCUCAUCGUUAUUUUGACCAUGCUUGUCUCUCCUACUCAUAUGUCUGCUAAAUCUCUCUCUAAUGGCGCGGUCAGACUGAACGAGAGCUUUCUCUUCAAUGGUAGACAGCUACUGUCCACCAGGGUGCCACAGCAAGAGAGAAAAGGGGCGUGUAUUCUACAGGCUACCAAAAUAAGAAUUAAGGCGUAGAGUUACGGUUCAAUUGCCUUCCAGGUUAACCAGCUCCGGAUUCCAGAUGUGUCCGUUGGGACAAUGUCAGUUCAGUAAUUUUGUUUCCUGUCUGCAAAUUCAUCACAGGCUACUUUCAUAAACAUCGUUUGAUUUGU